AUGGGAAACCAAAUAUCGAAGAUGAUGGGGAAGAUCUUUGGAUCGCGAGAGAUGCGACUGCUCAUGCUAGGUCUUGAUGCAGCAGGCAAAACAACAAUUCUGUACAAACUCAAACUCAAUCAAGACGUGACCACGAUUCCUACUGUCGGCUUCAACGUCGAAACGGUAACAUACAAGAAUGUCAAGUUCAACGUGUGGGAUGUGGGCGGUCAGGAUAAAAUUCGUCCUUUGUGGCGACACUACUUCUCUGGCACACAAGGUCUCAUAUUUGUGAUUGACUCCAACGACCGAGCGCGGAUCGACGAGGCUCGACAGGAACUUCACCGAAUCAUUCUAGACCGAGAGAUGAAGGAGGCGCUGCUUCUCGUUUUUGCAAACAAGCAAGACAUUCCUGGCUCGAUGACACCCACGGAAGUGACAGAAAAGCUUCGGCUGGGACAACUCAAAGAGCGCACUUGGUACGUUGUGCCUAGUUGCGCUACCACAGGCGAAGGUUUACUCGAAGGAUUGAGCUGGCUUUCUACCAAUGUCAAGCAACAACCUCGACCAGCCCCCGCGAAAUGA